AUGGACCUGCUGGAUCAGCCGUUUGGCCCGUACCGCGACGGUGAUAUCUUGACCGAGACGUGCAAGUCUGUGCCAACUGGGGUCCUGGAGCUAGAAAAUGUAAUGCUAGAAUGUGGAGGAGAACCUAUUGGCCUCACUGAAUGUGAACCCUGCCAACCCGAAUACGCAGUAUCACGCAUCAGAGCCUACGGUGUCCGCUUCCGCGGUGUUUUGAAAGUCAAAAAACUUACAUGGCUUACUCCCUGGGCGCGCAAGGUUCUUGAAGACGACGUCCGUAACAGAGACGUUCAGUCUCGCAUCAGCAGUGGCGGAGUGGCGCGGUCUACUCUUACACUGGACAAUAUCUAUGCACGCCGACUGACGAUUAAAGUGGUUGUACAAGGAGUCAAGAACAUGCCUGCUAUUUACUUGUUUUCCAAGCUUGUGCCAAACGGUCUCCUUCUGACUUCCAGGGAUAGAAAUCGACAAUAUGAAGUGAAAACUAUGGAUGUCUCAACUUACAAGCCAAGUCGACUGCACCUGCAUCGUUAUCGUACCCUUAAAGUGAUGCAGCAGUUGAUCAAGCUCGACAAGCAGACUAACACAGACGACCCCGAUGGGACACCCGUGAUUGAGCGCACAGUAUUCUGGUUUGCGGAUCUUUAUCUAAAACACAUGGCAUAUGCAGCUUCUGCGAGCAAACAGCGUUUUGUGUAUACAUCAUCUGACUCCGAUAUCGAACCCGACACGAACGGACAACUAAAGGAAGGACGCCAGCGCACUUUGCGCCACCUACCCAGAGCGGAGGUGUUGUCUCUGUUGGCUACGCACGCAGAGUGGAUCCUUGCGGACCACAGCAAGCGAAAGAAGAAGUACCUUAAUCAAGACGCUUGGGCAGAGUGGGUAGUAGAUGUAAGGAGAGGGCGGAGGGAGGCGCGUAACGCAGAUGUCCGAUGGGGUGUGAUGGAUGACGCCCAAUUGCCUGCCACGCUAACACCAGAAGGGAGUGACGCGGAUGAGGAUGACAUUCCUGCAAUGCCACGUAGAAGAGGGAAGGCGAAGAAGCAAAAGAAGCAAACUCAGACCCCUUCAUCACGGACGCUGUCAACAGCAUCCGGUUCACGAUCCACCACCCACCAUGAUGUGUCACGUUAUGGCAAGAACACAAGCAUCAAUGCACCCAAUCCGACCACACUGCGUACGUAUGACAGUGACUUCUCGCCCGAAUCAACGCCGCCCGCUUCCCCCUCCUCAUCCAGCGCAUCACUCCCAUCCCGUCCAUCCACGCCCCCCAACCCCGAGAUCAUGGCGCUCCUUCCGAUCGAGUUCAUGUACCCACCCCUGCUACCACUGCACUUCCGCUGGGUCUGCCCGGCAGCGGAUUGCCGCUACAUGAUCAAUCUCCUGGAUAUGUCCGACGAGAACUGCAAGGCGCUGAGCGACGAGGAUGUGCGCAAGAUGAAGGCCGGCGGAUGGGUGAUCCGGGAUCGGUGGGUGCGCCGCUGCUUUAAGACAAUGGUGUCGGCACACUACGACGACCACCUCGACCAAAUGGGAAUUGUGAUGUGGCAGGAGAAGAAGCAGUGGAAGAUUGGUUGGAAGAAGCCUCAGCAUCACCCGCCCUGGCCUCCUCGACGAGAGCUGCCCGCAACGAGUCAUAAGGGCGUCAAGAUAGAAGAGGAGGAUGUCUCACUGGAGUCUUCAGAUUAG